AUGCAGAAUAACAAGUUGGACAAUGCACUUCGGCAACUUUGUAAUACACUUCAAUUCGGUCCGUUCCAUAAAACAGAGGUGGUUCUAAAUUAUUGGGGAAAGUAUGAGCGUUUAUUAUUAAUAAAUGAAGUGCAGGGAGUGCGACAUUGGCCAGAAGUUAGUAGGAAAAAAGUUGGCCUUGUAUUUCCUAAGUCUCUGGUUCCAGUUGCGUUUGCCCAAAACUCCAGCAAUUUUGAAGGCAUUUCUUCACAAUUUCCAAACAUGAUAAAUUUACCUGUAUCUUUUAAGUUAAAGCCUUAUUUUGCAUGGGUAAUCCACACAACACCAUUACCCAUUGCAAAAUUUCAUAAAAAGGCGAUUCUGUCUAUAAGAACCGUGAACCUGACUGUGUACUACUUUGGUACCCACAAAACACUUUGGGGGCUACAAUAUGAUUUGGGUAUUUGGACAGAACUCGUUUCUGGAUUUUACUUAAACAUUAAGACAGGUGUAUAA